AUGUCAAAACAAAACGAUGUUAUCCUCAUUCCUUCCGAGACAGACAUUGAUGAGCAAGACGACUCUUCGCAACAGAUAAAGAGUCCUCUGCCCGCGAAAACGAAUGUGAUCUCAAUCUCGGAAACGCCCCAGCAAAAUGCACCCCUUGGAGCAUUCGUUCAAUCCGUUUUCACCUCUACCUUUUCAGACUCAGAUGACUUACUUCCAAGUCCCAGAAAUGCUCUUGGCAUUCCUUCUUGUGAAUCUAAUUCCAAAUUCGAUCGCUUGUCUGUGCGUAAGUUAACCCCACAGCCACGAAAAGUACCUGAAACUCCCUCACUUCCUCGUGAACCUAUCGUUCUAUCGUCUUCUCCUCCAUCGUCCGUGUCUCAUACAAGUCCUUUGUUUGCAAUUACUCCACCAUCUAAUUUACAUGUUGUGGAUAAUUUUCAAAGAGAGGCAGAAACUAUUGAUUUUGGAUCUUCCCCUCUGCGUGACAAAGUCGUUGAUUCCACAGUGCUUCCUGAUCCCCCUGAGAAGACCUCUUCCUUUCAUGAAAACAUUUUGGAUGCUCCAAGUAAUUCACUUUUUAAAAACAAUUCUCCAAAAGGCCUAUCAAAUGCUCUGGACGGGUCCCUUUUUGGCGAAAAAAAUUUACUACAAUAUAGUAUCCUUUCGAAUCGCUUUGCAGAUUCGGAGCGUCAGAACCAGACCGACGAAAGUGACGAAAAUUUUUUGACAACGUCUUCAGAAAAGCAAAUUAAGAGGAAUUAUGGAUUGUCGGGUCUACCGACUGACUCUGGCUUAAAAAACACCGAUUCCAAUUCGUCCUCUUCUUCUUCUUCUUCUAAACCUACUUCUCAUGAAAGUAGCCGAGAUCCGUUACUAUUUGAUUUACCUACUGUAGAUUUAGCUUCCACCCCAGGUUCCCGAAAACGUACCGUUGAUGCCCUGUCAACAAAUAACUCAUCUCAUUUAACCCAGAGCAAUGAUUUACAAAAGCUGAAAAAAUUGAAAAAUAUUUACUCAAAAAGUUUUCAAGGUUCUACCAAUGAUAAUCAAGAAGCAGUGCAUAAUACUUUACGGAAAUCAAAAACCAUGGGAAAAGUUGGUUUAUCCAAAAAGAAACUUGACGAAGCUGAAAGAAAGAAGAAUAAAGAAUUGCAGAAAAUAAAUAAGGUUAAGAGAACAAAAGAAGAGUGUUUAUCCGAAAUGAUUUUAUCGUUUUCUGAUGGAGAUUUGUCUUCUUUAUGGGGAGCUUCAGUCUCUGAAACCUUACAACCUUUUUCUUGUGAGGUCGUAUCUGUGAAGCAACAACCGAAAAACACUAUAUCUUGGAAAAGAAAAGUCAACACUUUUUUUGACCAUGCUGCCAAUCGAUUCGAUUUUGUUACAGAACAUAUACAGAACGAGCCAUUUUCACUCCAUCGAAUCCCUUGUUCUGAUUUCGUGACAAAAAUUGCUGACAACAUAUUGGAUGAUUAUAUUAAAUCCUGCAAACUUCAAUUUCCUAACAACAAACUCAUAAUUAUCUUAGAAGGAGUUACCAGUCAUUUUAAAAAUGUCAAAUCUGAUAUCAAUCGUCAGUAUGCUAACGCUGUAAAUACCGGUACAAAACCCUUGUUAUUUGGGUCGCUUUCUAAGUAUCAGACAAUCACAAAGGAAGUUCUCGAAAGUGAAGUCUGCAGGAUAAAUGUUCAGCAUAAUGUGUUAUUGAACUAUUCUAACGAUGAAAAGGAAACCGCCGAUUGGAUAGUGUCCAUUACUUCCGACAUAGCUUUGUCACGAUAUAAACAGUUUUCUCAUUUGUCUGCCAGGAUUUCUUUAGCGGAAAUAGGACAUGUAAAAUCUGCUGAUAGAGCUGAGAAUACGCUCAACUUUAUGCUAAGGCAACUACUGAGAGUUACUCCCAACAUUUCGAAUGCCAUUUGCGAUUACUUUCCAUCUAUUCCCAAACUGAUUCAGCAUUUGAAAGCAAAUGGUGAAGAAUCUUUGUCUAAUAUCAUGAUCACUACGGCCAUCAGCGAAAGAAAUCUUGGAACAGCUUUAUCCCGCCGUAUAUUUAAUACGUUCAUGGGUAGAAAAAGUGAAGAUGAUGCUCCGUAG